UCACAGGUGCAAAUAGUGGAGCCAGUGCACGUUCUGUGUUUGUAUUCAUUAAUAACCUGAUGCACUAAAAUAGUCUGAAGACAUUCACGAUUCGGUGACUCAUUACAGGAAAUGCAUUCUUUAUCUUCUUUUGGUGAGACAUUAUAUGAACUGGAUUGUGAAUUUUAUCAUACAGGGAGGCAAAGAAAGGUUAUUGCAAAAAAGAAGGAAGGGUCUGGGGGAAAACUAGAAAGCAACAUCAGUACACUUUGUUUCAGGACAGGACCAGUCUUCACAACAUCCCCACUUGCAAGCUAGAAUCCUGUCACAGUAGCUGCUAUGGUGUUCCAAAUUGUGGGCCUUUCCAUGUCCAUGGCGGGAUUGGCAGGCACCAUCUUGAUCUGCGCACUGCCUAUGUGGAGAGUGACGGCUUUCAUUGGAACCAACAUCGUGGUGGCCCAGGUCUUCUGGGAAGGGCUUUGGAUGAACUGCGUGUACGAGAGCACAGGGAAAAUGCAGUGCAAGAUCUACGACUCCCUGCUGGAUCUGUCCCCUGAUCUCCAGGCUGCUCGAGGCUUGCUGGUCAUCACCAUAGUGUUGGCUUGUCUUGGUUUCCUGAUCUUCCUAAUGGGGGCUCAGUGCACCAACUGCCUGGAAAACAAAAGAGUCAAAGCCAGAAUCGUGCUUGUUUCUGGGAUCACCUUCAUCCUGUCUGGCGUCCUGACCUUGGUCCCCGUCUGCUGGACAGCCAACACUAUCAUCCAUGACUUCUACAAUCCUCUGGUCCCAGAAGCUCUAAAGAGAGAGCUGGGGGCUGCACUCUAUGUGGGCUGGGCAACUGGCGGCUUCCUCUUAUUCGGCGGGGCGUUCCUCUGUUGCACCUGCCCUCCCAGAGAGAAAAACUACCCCAUGAGGUACACCCCUGCCAAAUCGACCACCCACAGCAGCUAUGCCAUAAAGAACUAUGUGUGAAAUCACAUGCAUGUUGAUUGUAAGGAGGUGCUGGGAUUUCCCUUAUCGGAGUGGAGGUUUAGUCUUCAGUUGGCAUAAUGACUAAUACCGGUCCUGUUUUAGGGUAACGAUAUCUUCUACAUCAGUAAGGGUUAAAGCUCAGCUUCACCAAAAAGAGAAGCACCUUGCAUUUUGAUCCAAGGAACUCAGUAGAAGCUUUCAUAGACUCUAAUUAGCACUAAUCUUGGACUUACUUGCCUAAGGUAACAUUGGUUCAAUUGUAUUGCUAAUUGGGUUCUGUGAAACUCCCCAUUAAUUUGAUGUCUUCACAAUUACAAUUACAUCUAUUUCCUAAAUACUUUUCCCGCAUCUGAUCUGCUUUAUACAGUAUUUUAUUAAAUCACCCAUAACUAGAAAGCACUCAAUAGUGGCACAUUUAGAAAUACUAAAAUCAAGUUUCUAAAAGUAUUUUAUUAAAAAAAAGUGUCCCUGGAGGAUUUCAAAUCUGCUUUGAAAAACUGAAUUGCCAAAACUGGAGCAGCUGGACAGGUUGUUGUCACACAUCUUAAGUGAAACAUUUUCUUACAUAUUAAUAACAAUGGCACAUUCUCACAAGUACUUGUGGUUUUUGCUUUUUAAUAUUUUUAUUUUCCAGACUUUUUCUCUCAGAUGAAGCCUACUUUUCCAGCUACAGUGCUACAAGUUUAAUGGAAAUCCUUCCCUUCACUCUGUGUUACAGGUAAUAUGACCCCACCUGACACCACAGUUUGUGCAGCGUGUAAAACAGCCCUGUCAGAAACAGAAUAUAUGGGAAUAUAUCACAAAGUAUAGUUCAUUUACUAUUAUGAAUCCAAAAGGACAGCUUUGUGUACAGUACAUAUAAACGUAAAUCUGUUAACGUCACUGAAAGAUACUGAAUUUGUUUCUUUUAGUAUUUUUAAAUGAACCACUAUUCAGUGUUUUAUAGUUGUGGAUGUUAUUAUAUUAGUAUUAUUCAAACUGAGAAGGAAUAUAUAUAUAUAUAGUGUCAAUUUAUUGCGCUGUAGCAGGAGAAAUAGGCUGAGAACAUAAUAAACAACAUUGUUUUAAUGCUAAAGAGAUACAAGAAGAUGUCUGUUGAUUCCUGGUACCUAAUGGGUCAUCAAAAUACAGUCAACUUUUACUGUAUUUUGUAGAAAAAGAUUUUUAGGGAUCCUAACACUUUAGUUAUAUGUGAUUAUAAACAUGUUAUUAAUUUUACUAUUAACAAUUAUAGAAUACAAUUAGAAAUAAUAAGACUAUUAUUAUACACUUUUGCCAUUGUUUUUUUUUUAUAAUCAGUUAUAACGGAUAUAGCAUUUCAGGUCUGUUUGUGUUUCUGUCUGUCUGUCUGUCUGUCUGUCUUUCUACGCCUGUCUCACCCAUUGUAUGUGGUGGCUUUGCUUUUGCAAUAGUUAUACACUUUUGCCAUAUUGUUUUUGUUGCUAUUAUAACCACUUAUAACGGCUCCUGAAACUAAAGUGUUAACAUGAUUUGAGUGUACUCUUUCAAUCAGCUAUUUCAUGAACGCUUGUUAGCUUGAAAAUCCUUGAGAUUGUAUUAUGUUGCAUAUGUAGAGAUAUACUGUAAAAGUACCACUUAUUUUUUUAUUAGCAUUGGUCUGAAAUCUAUUUUACUACAAUAGCAUCAUACUAGAGCUAAAGACUGGGUGCUGUUAUUAUAUUUUUUAAUGAACCUGUACACUUAUAUUUCUACUUUAAGAGUUUAUGUGAUGCACGUGCAUGGCAUUCCUUUGGACUUAUACAUAUAACACUUGGAAUGGGAUAAACAGAGAUGGGAAAAAUAUACCUUAUACCUUUUUAUUGUGUUUGAAAUUAUUGCGUUCUAAAUGCAAAUGUGCUCGAAUUCAAUGUGCUAUCUGUCUGAGAAUGUGCAAGUGGAAAUUUGCCUUUCCCACCCACUCAAAUGUAUGUAGGGCUAAAUUGAACUGUAGAAAAUGAAUGAAUGCA